GCGACUAACAUCUUGAAGGUGUUAUUUUGUGUAGUUGGAUAGCAAGAAACCUUAGAAUUUGAGACUUGUCAUAAAUUUAUUACAAGCACCCUCCUGUGCAGAAAACAUGUCACACUAUGAAAUAUUUUAUUAACUAUAAAGAUGAAUUUUCCACCAGAAUUUUACUUGCAUUGGUCAUCUUUCUUGUUAUCCGUACUAAAACUUUAUCAUCAGCCGACUAUGUGUCUGUGGGUAGUUCCCAGUACCCACAUGUAGCGCCAUCACCAUCUGUAAUUAGUCAUGGAAGAAGUGGUGGUGACGUGCAAGAGAAAGAAUGUUGUGUUGCAAGGUUGUGUGAAUACAAAAUCCUUGAGAACUUUUCUUGUAAAGUUUCCGAAUAUGUGGUAAGUUUGAAUGUGGUAAGUGCUCAAUAACAAAUGCGGCAGACAGUCAGUCGGUCACGGAAGUGAACCAGCCAGGAUUUGUUUCCAAAUAGAAAUUUAUUUUACGUAUAGAUCCUAUAUGAAUUCCUAGUGGACAAAAAUUGUGAUACAAAAUUAUAGGAAAUUUAUUUCUGUUACAUUUUGGGUCUAAGGCCCGGUUUAGACGGCGAACUUUUCAUGCGCCGAAUCUAAUGCAAGGAUUAAGUGCGACAUUGGAGCGGCGUCUAAAUCAAUUAAGUUCGGCAGGUUUUGAUUAAGUUCGACACGACUCGAAGAUGCGACAGGACAAGUCGUAUAUGCGACACAGGUUCGACAUUGAUUUAGACGCCGUGCUUUUCAUGCGCCGAACCUAAUGCAUAAUUAUUUUUUAACAUCAUAAUAUGAUUAUCAUAUAUUUGCAUUGUAAAUAUUUCCAAUAUAAUGUCUUCGCAAUUUGGUACGGUGCAAUUAAGUUCGACGUCUAAAUCAGUUUCCGAUAUUUUGCCGUAUCUACGACAAUUAGAUUCGGCGCAUGAGAAGUUCGCCGUCUAAACCGGGCCUAAGGCAUACUCUUAGAUGUGUAUUAUUUGAUUUUGUUCUCAAAUUUGUCGAGGAUAUGUGUUUGCCGUCACUAAAUAACAAAAUUUCACAAAAAGAUCAGUGCCUGGGAGGUAUAGACCUGCUUUUGAAGUUUCUAUCUUUUUGAAGUUUCUACGUUUUUCUAUCCAUCGAAGUUAUAUCUUUUCUACACAGGACAUCACCUUAAUUAAUGACAUAAUCAUUAUCUUGUCCCUUUAGAUAUCUAAUGGACUUGAGCGUUCGUUUCCGAAAUGGCUUUGGUUUGACGAAGGAAAUCAAACAUUAAAAGGCAUACCUUCACCAGCUGACGAAGGGCUUAAUGAAUUAUUAAUUAUUGGACUGAGGCGACGUCAAAACAACCCCGUAGGCUAUAUUUGUGGCUUACUAACAGUCAAAAUUGUUGUGUGGAGUUUGAAAGACUUUCCACUCUCUGCUCAGAACUUUCCUACAAGUCCCGUAAUUAAUAACAGAUUUUCCAAACCUUCCACUUGGCAAGGUUUCACUUGUCAAUUCAAUGAACCAAUCGUCUUAGCGUCUUUGGUCUUGGCGGGAAAUUUUCAUGAAAUGGAUGGAAAACAAAAGAUAAAUGUACUUGAUUGGCUACUUCAAAGUUAUCACAUUUCUAUAUACGAUGUGUUUGUGUUGUCAAGUAGUGAAGAUUCAUUGAAAGGUUUGCUUCAAUCUUCACAUGUGUUAGCUUCUGGACCUGGUGCUAACAGAUCUGCCUCCGGGCUCAGUACUACUAUCACUUGGCAUGUUAAGUGUGGUGUCAUGCAUCUCGAUGAUUCUUUGUUUCAAGUCAUGGAGAAACUCUCCAAGCAGUUAACAUUCAUUAACAAUGUCAGUUACGCUCCUAUAGGCUGGCAUGUUGUUACUAGCUUUCAGAAACACCAUAUAAGAAGGCGAAGGAAUGUUGUUGGAACUACUACUCCAGCAUAUAGUACGAUUCCUAUCUCUCGGGCGACAGUUGUUACAACAAAAAUUAAGGUUACAAGGACAACGUAUGUCAGCCAGACAAAAACGUUUACUUGGUCUCGGCCACUACCAACAUUUUCUUCACCAUAUACUGUCAACAAAACAUCGUUGUAUAACCAGUCGUCAGCAGUUAGUUCUCGGUUUAACAACACGAUAAUUCCGUCACAGUACAAUAGCGUCAGUUCAACUUCACCAGUGAUGUCUUUAUCGAGUCCCCUGUCACCACCAUCUCAGAUCAUAUCAUCUUCUAAACAUGAAACACCAGAUAAUUCACAAUAUAAAAGCGUUAGUCCAACUCUGCCAGUGAUAUCGUCACCAGGGACUAUGUCUUCACUAUCUCAUGUAUCCUCACCAAGACAAACAUCAGAAAUUUCACAGUACGAAAAAGUCAGUUCAACUUUCCCAGUGACGUCUCCAUCAGGAAACAAAUCUGCGGUAUUCCAGAUAUCAUCUUCGAAACAGCAAACAUCUUCAAAUUCAAUCAAAACAUCUUCUCAAAUACAUCCUACACCUGCAGUAACGCGCUUAGACAGCGUAUCUAGUACCAUAUCUCAACUACCUUCGACAAAGCUUCGCACAUUCGUUCAAUCGUCGUUGACUACAAGUGAGAAACAAAGAUCUACAAACGUGAUUGUGCCUUCAAGCAGGAGCAUUACAUCACCAACAGUCCAGACUGUUAUAAACAACGCUAGCCUAUCUUCUACAGUUUUUCAUUCUCUCAGUGAUAUAUCAUCUGUGGUUAUAAGCAGUUUGUUAACAACUGAACACUACUUGACUUCAUCUUCGAACGUUUCCAAUGUAUGGAGUACAACAGCAAUGACUACAGCUACUCAACUAAACAACUCGACUACAAGCCUUCUGCAGUCGUCCUAUUCCAAUUUCAUAGACACCUUGAGCCUGUCAUCGUCAAGAACGUACUCUCCUGUGUUACAUGUCACCACUAGUGGAAUUAUCAACGAAACUAAAUCAGCGAAAAUCAAUCAGACGUCGUUUGAAAGUUCCACUAGUCAUACAAGAUCUAUACUAUUCACGACAACAUCUGCAACAAACAUUGCAGUAACUACACAAAUAUCUUACACAAUAGAUCCUAGUUACACUCCUUUUAUAUCAAGUGGGAGUUCAGUUCCAACGCCUUCUUCGUUUCUGCCAUGCACAAACAGUUGUUCAGUUUCAACGUUCAGUAACUUAAACUUUACACCCACAAGUCGAGAGCAACAAUAUACAACGACUUUAUACCAAGCAUCGAUCAGUACAAGCGAAAGUAUAUUAAGCAGUUCCCGUAUUACUGGAACAUUGUUUUUGAAUACCAGGAGCGUUACACCACAGACUAGUGGUGUGGAUAACAUAUCCGAAAGUACAAGCCCAAUAUUAAUAUCAGGAAUAAUCUCUAAGUCACUCCAAUCAUCUGAUUACGUUAAUUCAAAGACUACCAAGACAUUAACAACCAACAGUACAUUGUAUUCAUCAAGAUUGGGUUCUAAGGAAACAAUGCUAGUGUCCUCGAAUAGUGCAAUGUCAUCUCAACUUACAUCUGGUAGCGCCAUAGAGUCAAAGUUUACAUCCAUCUCGGCGAUGAAACCUUCGUCUACAGGUUUGUAUAAUCAUCUAGCGAAAUCUUAUUUAGCUUUCAUAACAUAAACCUUACAGGGGUUUAAAUUAUCAGACGAGCUGUAUAGAUAUUGAAAGCAGUGUUUAUAUAUUGCAUGAUGGCGAAUACAAGUAAUAACUAAAGGAAUAUUUACCACAUACUGUACCUUCAGUUACCUAAAUUGUAGCUGUUUCAACCCUCCUUGCGAUACCGGUGUAGCUACCUGCCUGCAGGUUGCCAAAAUUAACUGUUAUAAAGAUUGUCCCUUCUCCCAGGUAGUGUUCGUUAUUGACUUGUUCCCCAAAACAGUCCCUGUAUGUUAGUGAUUGAAGCUCUGCACCGGAAUACGCGGUAAUUUUUCAUAUUACGCGAUAAUACUUUCUUCUAAACUUUUCUUUUUACAGGAAGGACAUUUCACACCAUGACAUCUCAAACCAGUUCAGAAUAUAAAUCCUCUUUGUCCCUUGUAUCACCAACAGCCCACUUUUCUACAGCUAUGGUAUACACGCCGACUGAGCAGUUGAGAAGUACAUACUCCUCUCUUAUUGAAACAACACCUGCGUCGACAUAUAUUUUAUCGGUCCAAACUAAAACAAGUAAGUUACAUUCAGGAAAUUUUGCUUGAUACCACAGUUCAUCAGAUGGAGUCACACUCCGUAGAAUAGCCAAAUUUAUUAUUUUCAUAAGAAAUCCCUUUUCCUUCCCUUCAUCGUUUCGCCCACAAGUCGUUUCGCCCACAUCUCAAAGUCGUUUCCCCCACAAAUUAAAAGUUGUUUAAAAUACAAAAAUAAAUUUAGAAAACCUAUAGUAUUAAUUAGGGACUAAGUACCGGCCAUAUAAACAGCAGACGUUACUGCUAUACAAAACAUAAAAGAUUUGCAAGAAUGUGAUCCAUAAAGUAGUUGUUGCGAUAUAACACAUUUUAGAUGUGAAAUGUGGAGGAAAAGAAAGAUAAAUUUUUGGUCGCUACCUGGAACAUUUUCACUGAAAAAGACCAGAUGAUACGUUAUAUAAGAAAAGAUGACAUUCUGCCUCUGAGAUUCUGCUAAGUUUGUAAUGGUUUGAAAAAGAUCGGUGAUACAUAAAAAAAAGGUGAUACAUAGAAAAAGAACGGUGAUACAUAGAAAAAGACCGAUGUUAGCCUACAUACAAAAUACCGGUGAUACAUAGAAAAAGACCAGUGAUACAUUAUAAAAGACCGGUGUUACGUUGCGAAACGACUUUGAGUUGUGGGCGAAACGACUUUGGUUUGUGGGCGAAACGCUUAUAACCACUACACAGUAAAUCUUUCAUCACUACUUUUAUCCUAUUCUUUCACUCCGUCUCGCAAUCUACCGUUGGUUUUACACGAUUGCAAUGUAUUUCCUGUCAUUAAAAUCAAUCGUUUCAUCAUGAUCAUUACAACCUCAAUGCCGUCCAUUUUAUUAUCCACAUCAGCAAAAUUUGUUCACAAUUAUUUUUAAUCUCCAUUUUUUUCUUUUCAGUUCGAUCUGGUUCGCUCAUCAGAAACAUUGUGCCCAAUCCCACCGUAUCAUCUCUCUUCACAUCACAAAUCGCUGGCGCAGUUUCCUCGUAUAUUACUCGCUCAGAUGUUGGACACAGCUCAAUGUUGUCCCCAUCUACUUUGACUGGUACUAUUGACCAGUCUGCUUUUAAAACUCAAACGUCAGUGUCCUUCAGCAGUCUUCGAAGUUCUCCAUACAAAUCAUCAAGUUCAAACAAAAUCUUUGAAAAGUCAACAUUAACUGUUCAUACCACAACUCCUUCACCAGUCUUCCUAUCAUCUUACCAAACACCUACCGCCUCAUCUUUUGCUACCACUACCCCUUCAUCAUACUUUCUAUCAUCUUACACAACAGCUACUUUGACAUCAAUUAUUCACACAUUUGCUUCUUCAUACAAGCGGACAUCGCCAUCAUCUGCUUUUAACACCACUCCCUCUUUGCAGUCCCCAUCAUACAAAACAGGUACUUUAUCAUUAUCUGUUGUUACCACCACACCCUUUUUGCACUCCCUAUCAUCAUACAAAACAGGUACUUUAUCACCAUCUGUUGUUACCACCACUCGCUCUUUACACUCCCUAUCAUCAUACGAAACAAGUACUUCACCAUACUCCCUAUCAUCAUACAAAACAGGUACUUCACUAUCAUCUGUUGUUACUAACACUCCCUCUUUACACUCCCUAUCAUCAUACGAAACAAGUACUUCACUAUCAUCUGUUGUUACUAACACUCCCUCUUUACACUCCCUAUCAUCAUACAAAACAGGUACUUCACUAUCAUCUUUUGUUACCAACACUCUCUCUUUACACUCCUUAUCAUCAUACGAAACAAGUACUUCACUAUCAUCUGUUCUUACCACCCCUCUCUCUUUACACUCCCUAUCAUCAUACAAAACAGGUACUUCACUAUCAUCUGUUGUUACUAACACUCCCUCUUUACACUCCCUAUCAUCAUACAAAACAAGUACUUCACUAUCACCUGUUGUUACUAACACUCCCUCUUUACACUCCCUAUCAUCAUACAAAACAGGUACUUCACUAUCAUCUGUUUUUACCACCAUUCCUUCAUCAUCAUACCAUACACUUACCUCUCCAUUGUCUUUUCCUACCGUCAGUUUAUCAUCAGACUUUCUAUCAUCUUACCAUAGCUCUAUUUCAUCAUCAAGUGUUGUUACCACCACUGCUUUAUCAGACGUCCUAUCGUCUCACACAAUAGCUACCUCUCAAUCAUCUGUUAUUGCCACUAUCCUUUCAUCAGACCAACUACCAUCUUCUCAUACAACUAGCUCAUUAUCAACUGUUGCUACCAUCACUCCUUCAUCAUACCUUCUAUCAUCUUACCAAACAGAUAAAUCAACAUCAACUGUUGUUACAAUUGCUUCUUCAUCAAUAUACUUAUCAUACCAUACGCGCAAAUCACCAUCAUCUGCUGUUACGACCACCCCCUACUCCCUGUCAUCAUUCAAAACAGGCACUUCACCAUCAUCUAUUGUUUAUACUAAAACUCCAUCAUCAAACAUUCUAUCAUUCUACCAUAACUCUACUUCACCACCAUCUAUUUUGACCACUCCUCCACUAUUAACUUCUGUUACCACCACUUCUUCAUCGUACCAUACGCUUUCGUCACCAUCUCCUCCUGCUACCAUCACGUCUUCAUCAAUCUUCCCGUCAUUUUACCACACACCUACCUCACCCGCAAGUGCUGAUACUGUCACUCCACUAUCGGAGUUCAAAUCAUCAUACCAUACAUCUACCAUUACUCACUCUUUACACUCCCUAACAGCUCACACAACAGCUACUUUACCAACAUCUGUUCUAACCAUCAUUUCUUCACCAGACUACUUAUCAUCUUACCAUACCUCUACCUCACCCUCAAGUGCUACCAUCACUUUUUCAUCAUACCUUUUUUCUUACCAUACACUUGCCUCAUCAUUUGUUGCAACCAUUACUUCAUCAUUCUUCCUAUCAUCUUACCAUACAUUCACUUCACCAUUAUCGCCUGUUACCGUCACUUCAUCAGUUUUCCUAUCUUCUUACCGUACACCAACUUCACCCUCAAGUGUCGCUACCAUCACUCCAUCAAUCUAUCUAUCGUCUUCUUACAAUGCAAUCUUGUCUCCAUUUUCUCCUUCCACAGAAAGCUUAAGGACUUCUCUAAGCAACCUACCAUCAUCGACAACAACACUUUCAUCAGCAUCAUACAAGACAUUUAGUUUGUCUUUUCUCUCCUCGUCAACAGUUUCCAGUCAACCUUCUAUUUCCUCUGAUCUUUCAACUGGGUCGUCUAUGUCUUACACGUCAACAAAGUUGUCUUCACAGACGUCAUGGCUUGUUCGACCAUCUUACACAUCAAGGGAAAGUCCUCAGACAACAACAGUCUUGACUCUUACCUCAAUAAAGAUGCCAGGUA